UGGUUAUUGCGUGACACGGUUGAGAGAGCGAGUUGUACGCAAGAUCAGAAUAUUGCGUCAGUAACAUAAACAUACAAAAUUUCUUGCGAAUAAUGACUCUGUGAUCGUUUCAUAUCACGAAUAAAAUGAUUGGACUUCGAAAUGUAGCUAACGUACCCCUGUCAACGGUAUUUUCCUGUGAUAUACGACAAGCAUUCCUUAAAGAUGUACGAUGCGGGAAUUCAAUUUUGCAAAGUAGUAGGACUCUGACAGCUGCAAGCAGAAAAGAACUUGCUCCUGCCAAACGCCCUCUUUAUCUGGACGCACAAGCUACAACACCAAUGGAUCCGCGAGUGCUAGAUGCAAUGCUGCCGUAUAUGACAUGUUAUUACGGGAAUCCACAUUCACGAACUCAUUUUUACGGUUGGGAAGCAGAAGCUGCAGUAGAAAAAGCUCGCAAACAAAUAGCAGAUCUGAUUAAAUGUGAUCCCAAAGAGGUUGUCUUUACAUCUGGUGCGACUGAGUCAAAUAAUAUUGCUAUUAAAGGUGUUGCAAGAUUUUAUAAAAGCAAAAAGAAACAUGUUAUUACAACACAGACAGAACAUAAAUGUGUACUGGAUUCUUGCAGAGCUUUGGAAGCGGAAGGUUUUGAUGUCACUUUCCUUCCUGUAGGACCUAAUGGUAUUAUAUCACUGGCUGACUUAGAAGCGGCCAUAAGGCCAGACACUGUUAUUGUGUCAGUGAUGAGUGUGAAUAAUGAAAUUGGAGUGAGACAACCGAUCAAGGAAAUAGGAGCACUAUGUAAAGCAAAGAAUGUAUUUUUCCAUACUGACGCUGCUCAGGCAACAGGAAAAAUUCCCAUUGAUGUCAAUGCAAUGAAUAUAGAUCUUAUGUCUAUUAGUGGUCACAAAAUAUAUGGACCAAAAGGUGUAGGUGCUCUGUACAUUCGUCGUCGACCAAGAGUGCGAAUAGAACCUUUACAGAGUGGAGGUGGUCAAGAGCGGGGCAUACGCAGUGGCACUGUUCCUGCUCCAUUAGCUGUGGGUCUUGGUGCAGCUUGUGAAGUUGCCAUGAGGGAAAUGGAUUAUGACCACAAAUGGAUCACGAUGUUAUCACAACGUCUGUUGGACAAAAUUUUUAAUAAUCUGACCCAUGUUGUUCGGAAUGGGGAUCCUGUCAGUUCUUAUCCUGGAUGUGUUAACUUGUCAUUUGCUUAUGUCGAAGGAGAGUCACUGUUAAUGGCUCUGAAAGAUGUUGCACUGUCUAGUGGUAGUGCGUGUACGUCAGCCUCCCUUGAACCAUCCUACGUCUUGCGUGCCAUUGGUACAGAUGAAGAUCUGGCUCACUCAUCCAUUCGAUUUGGCUUUGGCCGUUUUACAUCAAUGGAAGAGACUGAUUAUACAGCAGACCUAACAAUUAAACAUGUUACCAGAUUACGGGAGAUGAGCCCUCUGUGGGAAAUGGUUCAGGAAGGUGUGGAUCUAAAGCAGAUAAAGUGGUCUCAACAUUAAAAGGCGCGAAGGAACUUCGCAAGCAUUUCUGUGCAGCUGUACGGAGGUGCUGUGUGAAAAAUAAAAAUUUAUGAAAUUUUGUAAAUUAUGUAUAUGUGUAAUUCAUUAUUUAAUGUAUUAAAACUGCAAAUCGUUCAA